AUGUCAGACUCUUCUUUCGAUUACGAUGUCAUCCCGUCGUUCCGCUCCACGAGAGGCACGCCCCCGCCUGCUGCAGAUCAACCAUCGGCCUCGCUAUCGGCUACCACGGCGGCAACGAUCUUGAAGGUCCUGCGCCCCAUCGAGUCUAGACUCGAUGAUUUGGAGAAAGGAAUGCCUAAUCACGGGCAUGACGACGUCAAGAGCAGGAUCAACGACUUGUACUACCACUGGUCAAUGGUUGGGCAAAGAAUGGACCAGCUGUCCCAGACCAUGGACACCAUGACCAUGGACAGGAACAGGGACAGGGCCAGGGCCACGCCCACAUUCUUUGGAGGAGAGCGGCCGUCGUGGACCGCCCCGUCGUGGAACCCCCCGGGCUUACACUCUGCCGAGAGGAUCGCUGCCAUCGCUGCCACCAAUGCCAAAGCCGCCGCCACCACGGCCCCCACCGUUAGCAGACCGUUUGGAAUCUUAGAGACCUACGACUCUAGUAGCGACAACCAGUCGAUAAUGUCACAGUGCUCCUGCGCAAGCAGCCACCACGGAGUCCACGACGAAAAGGAGGAGGAGGAGGAGGAAGGUGACGAUUCCAGCCAGAAGCAGCAGCAGAAGCAGAAGCAGCCAGCGAGCGCCACACAACACGUCGAGCACACCUCGCCCGCCGUCGCCCACAGCCCCCCCGACUGCGAGUGCUGGAAGACGUACGCUUCCAACUUUCAUGCCGCUGCCACUCCCGGCUCCUACCCCCACCCCACCUCUACCCCCACCUCUACUUCACCAACGUGGCUGGGGGCCCCAUGGACGCCAACACGUUGUAGUGAGGGGGUGUCGAUCUAG